AUCCUUUUUCUCAUAUCGUCAUGACCAAGAUUUCGAAUGACUAACAUCAAAAUAAGAGGAGUAAAAAUAAUUACUCACUAAUAUUUGUCUCUGGUGUUCAGACUUCAGUGAAUGGUUAAAUUCGUGAUAUUCUGACUGUUAACAUCAGGUGUUUGUGAAAAUGACUAACAGAAAAUUAAGGCCAAUUUUGGUAUCACUUAGAUAAGAGGAGUAUUAUGAGAUUGAAUUUUGAAAUGAAACCAGAGUUGAAAAACAUUAAGAGUCUUUGAAGACAAAGCUGAGGCAUUAGCGAAGCCAAUACUGCACAGAGUGGCGAUGAAGAAAAUAAGCUUUGUGGUCGAAGUCAUGUACACAUAAAGCAGCGUAGUAUACAUCUACGGCUGAUGCUGAGGUAGAGUGUGGCAUGAUGUUUCUUGGAUGUGAGAGUCAGGCCCAAAGUAUGCCAAAAUGGUCUCAAAUCCUAUCAAAACCAAGGUUGUGAAAUAUGCUGAAUUGAUUACCGGUUGGUGAUGCUGGUUUGGUGGUGAUUGCAGCGUGUGGUAGUUAAUCUUGGAUAAGUGAAGACCAGAAUCCAAUGGAAGGAAAAAAACUUUCAACCCACUUACAGAAGGGUGAAAGUUUUGCACACAGAUGAGUUAGAAAAACCGCUUAUCAUUUUGCCGUUCAUGAACAGGCAUUCUGAGGUUUGGCCUUGCUCAUUCAUGUUGGAAAGGUGUGGCAACAAGUCACAUAUUGAUCCCAUAGUUCCUUCAGGUUACAGGGGAUAACUUGGAUCCUUCUGUAGAGGAUUUCACUCUCCCUUCUCAUCCAGCACCCUCAUGUACGUCGACAACAACGUGCAUUCUGUUUUUCUUCCUUUUGUUUUGACACAUCUGAAUUGAUAAAAUACUGUAAACAGAGAUGUUGGUGGUGCCACUGUAGUCUGUAUGAUGACAAGCUUAAUCCCUCCAGGGUGACAUGGACUACAGUGUGCGGAUAGAAGCAAAUAACUUCUUUAACCCUUCAUUUAAUAUGUUUCCUCUAUGGAUAUAUUCUAUAAUGAUUAGGUGUGGGCAUCCUUUUAUUUACAUACGUCAAUAAGGAUGAACCAUCCUCUCCUGAUAUGCCAAGGAAAUUGUUGCGGAGGUUGUCAAGAUGAGGCCUUGUGCAAUGAGGAAGCCAUAUUCCAGGUGCAUUGUUGAUGUGAAUUUGGAGGUGGUCCUGAAAGGAAGAACUGAGAAAAGACAGUAAUAAUCGUGCAAAGAGGAAUGAGGUUGUAAAGAGACAGAGAAAGCCCAAAUGAUGGAAAGUCAGCGAAAUAGGCUAAAGGUAGCCACACCAAUGGGACGCAAACUAAGAGGGGCACUGAAAACGGCAAACUUGCCUUCUCCUUCCGGGGCUUUACAAUGUGUGGGGGUCGAUAAUCAAUUAUGAAUAUAAAUAAUGGAUGGCAGGAAAAUAUAAUUUUUUUUUAGCUCGAACACUCUGAACUAUAUUUCAGGUCAUCGUCAGCAACGAAUUCUCUUGCACUUUCUUUCAAGAAACAGGGGAAAGCCUAAAAAUCAUAAAUUCAAAAUUGGCUAUUCUUCCCUUUAGUGGUGUAGGAAUGAUGAGGAUGGGGAGACUGAUUUCACUUUCAAGAACUCAUCAUCUUCUUCUUCUUCUUUCUCUGUUUUCAUUUCUUGCUACUUUGGAUUCUGCAAGAGGAUCUCCUAAUGCAGAAUUCACAAAAAGAUGGAACUUCUUUGGAGAUUCGUUAUAAAAAUUCAACUAUACAAGUUCCUGUUUCUAUAGAAGAAUGUAAAUGUGAAUCUGGGUUUGGUCUAGUUUAUGAUUCUUGCAAGAAGAGAAAUUUAUGUUCAACGGUUUGUGGAUAUAUACCUCCAAGGGGUUUUUAUGAAUGGGAAAAUCCUAGUUCUUGCUUUUAAUCUUACGGAUGUAAACGUGAAUUCGGAACUCAAAUAUUCUCUUGGUUGAGAUUCCGCGGCUACAAUUCUUUGAUGGAGUGUUUUGGAUCACCAUUCCUUGUCAAAGAGUGGGAAAUGCGUCAUCUGACUGGUGGUGAUCCUGAAGAAGCCCUUCCAUUAGACCUGUUCCACAACUCAUCCCUGAGCUACCAUGAGGCUCAUGUAAUCAUAUCCAGUUUUAAUCGAACACACAUCAGGUUGAAUAGGACACAAACAUUGGAAAUGCUGAUUGGGAAAGGACUGGUGUAUAUUUGUACUUGGAGAAGGACUUUUGAAGAAAUCCUUGAUGCAAAUCGUGAAGUCGAAACUCAAAGAUCCUGUUGUGUUAGAUGCCAAGACUAUGGAGAGACCCUUCCAGUAGACAUGGUCCUAGACUCAUCCCUGAGUUUCCCUGAUGCUCAUAUAAUCAUCUUCGAAACUGCUUCUCUAGUGAAGGAUUAUAAUUAUUACCAGGAAGGUAAUCAUGCAUAUCACAAAGAAGCAUGUAAGAAAGCUUUGCAAACAGGGGAUUAUCAUGUGAACUCCUUCUGCAGAAGGCAAUGGAAUGCAGUAGGGGGUUGUGUUGCUGAAACCCAACAGCUAAAAAAUGAUGGUUCCUCAGUACCUUACCCAAGGCUGAUUGAAACAGCAACUGAGGAAGUAGAACCAGACCUCAACAUAAGGCCUGACAACAGGAAAGGGAGAUCUGAUUUCAGUGUUUUAGAGCAAUGUAUGCUGUGUUUUGCGGUUAUUAUGAUCAUGGCUGGGGCAUGUCUUUAUUAUUUGAAAAGGAGAGCCACACCACCCAGUAGCAAGUGUAGACUGUUUUCGAGAAGAGAGGACCAUCAGAUGUACGAAGUGACUUAUGGAAACCAUAAGUUUGACUGCACGGUGACAAGCGACAUGAACAUGGUGGAUUACUGGUUAUACUAUAGGACGCGUCUUUGGGAGGAUCUGGAUAAUCGACAUACCAAUGUCUAUGGGGUAGCGGUCUCAUGGGUGGACCACCCAGUCAGACGUCUGGCUUUGUUGCAGAUUAGCUCCCACCGUGGAUGCUUGGUGGUCCAACUAUUGCGCACCCCUCAUGACGUGCCAUGGAGCACCCUCUUCAGUAGCAGAAGCCUUAGAUUUGUGCAUGUCAAUGCCGGACCGGGAUUGCCUGAAUUACAAGCGACUUACAAUUUGAAUAUAGCAAACCUAGAGGACUUGAGACGUUUAGCCUUACUAGCAGGGUAUCCGAUUCCAGAGAUUGAGCUACCUGCAGGUUUAGGUGUUCUGGUACGAUGGGUUCUUCAGAUCAACUUUGAAGAGUCUACAGACUCCAACUCUAAUGGUCACCAAAUAUUGACCGAGGGACAAGUCGCUCAGGCAGCUUUGGAGGCCUAUUUUGCGAGGGAGGUGGGUCUUCGUUUCAUGUGAUAUGUGGCUUCUAGUGGUUUAUGGGUCUACGUUUCAUUUGAUAUGUGGCCUCUAGUGGGUUGUUGUACUCUUAUCUCACAUUCUAGACUCUUAUGUAUAAGUAUAAUGACUAAAGUGCUUAAAAAGCC